UUUAAUGUCGACAAAUUCAUUAAUAUUAAUUUAUCAAAAAAAUUUUUUAGUUUAUCGAGAAUUUUUUGACGUAUCCAUAUGUUUGGGAAGAAGGCUGUAAAAAAGAGAACUACGAAAUAUUUAGUAAUUCUACACUUUAAAGAUUGAAAGUAUCUUUACGUGCAGCACUUGAAAUAAGUAAAUUUCUAAUAGAGAACGAUGGUUUUAAAUAUUUGAUGACAGCACGAUUGAAUCAAGACAAUUUGGAGCGCUUUUUUGGACUUAUGAGAGGAGCAUGUGGUUCAAAUGACCACCCUGACUCGGCUUUAUUUAUUCAAAUGUUCCGCUUAAUAUCAACUUAUUCUUUGGUAAAACCUCCACGAGGAUGCAAUAUUACGAGCGGAGAAGUGAUGGAUGCACUAGUGACUCUGAAGGACAUCACAAAUGAAGAUAAAACACAAGAGAAAUGGAACAAUUUAGUGCAAACAGUCAUUGCGAAAGGGCAGAAUUGUGACGGAAUCGCUGAUGCUAUAAACUUAUUAGAAGACCAUGACCAACACAAAUUCACAACUUCAGAUUAUGUUAUAGCAUACAUUGGAGGGUUUAUUGCCCGCAAAGCAUCGAAGUUUUUUAACUGCAUAAUAAAGAAAAAAGAGUGUUUUGUGAUGAGAGCAAACAAUCAUUAAUUUUAGAAUCGAAAGACAGUGUUCCCGAAAAAUACAAGUUAAUAGACUUAAGAAAUAGAGGUUUUUUGAAAGUAUCCCUCGGUUCAACUUUUUGAACUAACGUCGUGCUUAGAGAGAGGAAUAUUAAGUGCUGUUCGAUUGGGUCAAUUACAUUCUGACACAUUGUUUGAUGCGACCGAAGCAAUACAUGCGAUUCCUUCAAUUCAAGCACCUUGACACAAAAAGUAAUAAGUUAUUACUUGACGACUCGAAUGUAUUUUUUAUGCAAACAAAGCAACAAAAACAAUGAUGCUCAAAAAAUGAAAACACAGGAGAGGCGAAAAUUGGCCAAGCUUUCCUUUGUAGUAGAUUCAGAAGCCGACAAAUCAAUUACGAAAUCCAUACAGAUAAAUGAGAUUCAAAAUUUAUUUGCGCCUAUUGACAUAUCGGAAAUAUUUGAGCCCUUCAAUACCACAAAAAAACAAAAUGAAAUGGAAAAAAAAUCCACAA